AUGUUCGAAAUUUCUUACGGCGAGCUCUUCCUCUUACUUGGAGCCACCGCGCGCUCUGAUCGUGGACUGGCUGCUGAAAAUUCCAGUGUAGUAAACAUGUCAACAGCUACUGUCUCUCAGAUUUCAGCAGAGUUCAGUACUGAGAGUGUAUCAGCAACUACCGUCUCCAAGGUUUUUAGCUGUCUCAGCAAACUUGUGUGUUUCUUAUGCCCUGAAACAUGCCUUCAAGGUCUAUGAUUCUUCAAUAGUUUUUGAUUCCUCCAAUAUGCACAGCCAAGCAACUGCUUAUGUAAGACUAGCAGAAUCUGCGGCUGUUGAGGCUAGUUUAGACCCAGGACAGCAGAUUGAUGAUCUGGGUUUUCUUCACAUUUUGCCUGUUUCGGCUGAAAGAACUGGGAUGCUACCUAACCGUCAGGGUAACAAUGAAUGGAUCAGACAUUUUGUUGGAAGCUAUAGUAGAGGCUGAGGUGGCUCGCGCAAUGCUAAACAUUUCUUCGCCCAACCUGCAAAUCAAAGAAAGCAGGAUGGCGAGGUAAUGUGCUGUUCAGGUUUUCAUUCAUGUUGCUGAAACUAAAAAUCACAUUCAGGCUGAGAAGUGCAAGAAACUCCAGUGUGAUCCCCAAACUCGACUGAUCGCAUGCUGCGAGCGAGCUUCGAAUGUUCAAAGUAACAAUGACUAGUUUUGUUAGGUGAACGAGCAAAUCGGCCGUUGGUUUAAACUUUAAUUAUAGUGUGAUGCGUGUAGCCAGUGAUGUCGUAUUGUGUUGACUUUUGUUCUGGUCUAGAAUUUGAUGAUGGCUUUCCACAGUACCUCUUUGAACACACUUUCACGUGGUGGGAAUUU